CUCGUGCGGGGGGGACGUGGGCAGGGCGUAGGCAAAGGCAGAGGUCAAGGAGGCUACAGCUUCCAUCCCUCCAUCCUUCUUCACCAUCUCACUCUUGUUCUUGGUCGGUCUCAACUGGGGCCACCUUUCUCCCUCUCCCUUCGGUCCUACCUCCUGUCCUUUCAGCGAUGUCAAGGUCGACUCGCAGUCAGUCCUCUGGCGGCCAUGGCGGCUACGGGGCCAUCUCACAGCACGACGAUGACGGCGUGGAACAAGAGACCAUCCCCGCCACCUCUACCGCACCUCAUCCUUCCAUGUACAGCCGUCCUGCUGUCAAGGCUACCUUUGCCAUGGGUGCCAUCCUCCUCGGCUUGAAUCUCUUUGCAUUCCUCUUCCUCAUCACCUUGCUAUGGCAUCCGACUUUGCCCUCUCCUUUUGCAACGGCACCCCUCAUUCAGACUACUCUGCACCUCGUUGCCAUCCUCGUCCUCGGACCAGCUCUCCUAGUCUUUGAGCUCUCUUCAUCUGUCACAAAGGGUAUCCACGAGGCUUCCCUCGCCCUUGUCGUCAUCCUCGCCAUCCUACUCGCAGCCAUCGAGACCUUCCGAGAUGACGGUACCGCCCUCUCUGCCACACCCGCCCUAGUCUUGAUGGCCUUGUCCCUGGCAUGGGCGGUCAUCUCCGCCAAGGUCGUCGCUUCUCUUCAUGCCGACUAUCUAGUAAUGCCUCAAAACGAAAUGGGCGAGUCAACCCCUCUACGCAUCAGCGUGGGGUCGCAAGACGUGCAGAACCAGUACAUCCGCUGGUUCAAGGUUGCCGUCGCUUCCAUUGGCACUCUCAACGUCCUCGUCGCCCUACUUCUCAUCGUCGGAAACGUCUCAUUGGACGGGUAUGAUGCUGGGCUUGAGACUCCAGGACAGCUCCUUUGGGUCAAUCCCGGCAAGUCUUCACGAUGGCAGCCAGCUGCUCCCAGCGGCAUCAUCGAUAGCCUCAGUGGACCUGGGCGGGUUCGACUGCACAUCGGUCUCGAAGCAAGUCCAUUGCCUCCCGCUGAAGUAGAUUCGAGCGAGGGACAGCGGACGCUCUCCGCCUCCUCACCCUGGGACGACAAGCCCACGGCCAUCUUCUUCCCUCCAUCAGGCGUUUCCGGCUACACUUCCUCUCACUGGCUACGAUCCAUGGUCCAUCGCGCCGCCGACAAGCCUGCCACUGGCGCAGAAGACGGCCAUCUGGCUCUCAGGAGGGCAGUCUGGUUCGAUCCCCUCGGUAUGGGACUCAGCGACUACGUGAGAGGCUCGCAGGAUCUGGGUCUGCAAGCUGCCGCCCUCGCCGAGGGACUCGAGCAGCUCGGCCUCCUAGAUUCUGCCAAGUCAGAAAAUAGUCGGACACCGCGAGAGGAGCAGUUCGUACUCGUCUCCCUACACGAUGGAGCACUCCUCUCAAGCGUCUUUGCUUCUCUCUUGCCCUCGUCCAAGAUUCACUCGCAAGUGUUCAUCGACGCCGAGACUCCCACCUCUUACUACUCCACCGACAUCUCUGCCGACUCGGGUCUGCGCAUGGGGUACGGCGCCGAGGGUCGCAAGACGCGGUUAGGUCAAGCAUGGAACGACCUGCUCCCCUCCCUCGCAAGCUAUCUCAGCCCCGGUCGCCUGCUCGGCGCUCUCCUCCUUGGUCAAACAAGCGAGCGCCGCGUCAUGGGCAGUAAAGAUGCUCAGCUCCGUUCCAGCGCCAUCACCCGUGUCCUCUCCAAGACGGGGGAGCGCAAUCCUUUUGCCUCGUGGUACAGCUGGGAACACCCGGCACCUUCCUCCAAGACCCUUUUGGCGCGGCUCACUUCUCACUUUGAAGCCACCCACGGAGUUGAUUCGAGCAACUUUGCUCGACUGAAUGCAAGCGCGGCAAGGGAGAAGAGAGAAUCGCUACUGAGGGGGAAACCACUGGCUGUUCUGAGCAGUUUCUGGAAGAUGGGCAGGGAUCCCAAAGGCUGGGGGGAGGUGCAACGAGAGCAGUACGUCAAGUUGGGCAUGGAGGGUUCGCUGGAAGAGGAGCGCGAGCUCGAGGGAGCCACGAUUCAGCAGCAGCAGCAGCAGCAGCAGCCGCUGUCGUCUAGUGCACACGCAGAGGGCAAGCGCGGUUCCCUUGUUGGCUGGUGGAAGGUGGGUUCGAGGCAAACGUUCAAGGAUGGUGGGGAUAUUGGGUUCCCGGAGGGCUUGUGUGCCGAACAGGCCAAGGGGAGGGUCUGGUGCGAGGAGAGCAUCCGUAAGGUCUUGAGUUGGGAGGAGAGUCAGAACAAAGAGGAGGAGAAGAAGGCGCGGUGAAGAAGCUGGGAGAGGCUCCUUAGCAUAUUACAGUCCUCGUUUCCACUUGGACGCCUUGCAACGUCAUGUAUCAGUUGCUCCAGCAUCGAGUUCCCAUAGCUCCACUCAAUUGUAGUGUCAAUGUCUGUCGAUUUUACUCGCCU